AAAUAAAAUUUUCAAUUAAACUCUUCAAAUGUAAUUUUGUAACAAAAAUUAAACCGUCAAGCAGAGUUAUAAAAUUAAAUUGAAAUGAGCUUUUUUUCCAAAUUAUUAAUCACAUUAUUAGAAUGUUCAGUUUUGAGUAUUCUUUCUUAUGCUGCUGCUGAAUCAGGUCGAAAUGUGCUUGAGCCGAUGUUCUCCAAAGUCGAGACUCCGUUGAAACGGUCCAACCAAGUCAAAGCCGUAAUUGACUUCUUCGUGGUCACCGAUCAUACGAUAUACAGAAACUGGAUGAACUUUCAUAGGAACGACGAGGCCAAAGCUAUUGAAAGCAUCAAGCACUUCUACGCACACGUAGUCAAUGAAAUGAACAAUCGCUACAUGAAAGCUCAUAUUCCUGGAUUUUCCGUUCGAGUUGUCUUAACUGGCAUGUACAUAUCAAAGGAGAAGAGCGAUUUGGAGUUUAUUGAAUCUCCGAAUUUCAAGAUCAACCAAAACACUGUUGAUGGCUACGCAGUUUACUAUGAUAUGGUGAGGUGGUUCGACAACGACAACAUGACUCGGGCCAGGAACUUUCCGAAGUUUGACGCCGCUGGUGUUUUUACUAGAUACAGCCUCAACAAUGGUGUACUCGGGUUGGCAUUUAUAUCCUCCGUAUGUAGGAAGAAUGCAGCAUUUAUAGCUCAGGAACAUGGCGCUUUCCGAACAGCCGAUCUGGCUGCCCAUGAAUUAGGACACGUGUUAGGUGCUGUGAACGAUGGUGAAAUAAAUACAUGUCCUAACAACGGGUUCAUCAUGGGCUCGUUGAGGAAUAUGAUGGAUGAGAAGCAAAAGAUAAAUUAUAAUCUAAAUAAUUUCCAUUGCAACAAGCAGAUAGCCGAAAGAGUGGAUGUCAGUUCGGAGGUUUCAAACCAUAAGAAAUAUUUAAAUCGGAAAGAUGAUUUACGUUUGCUGAACAUUGGAUGUAAAAAAGAGUGA